CCUUCUGCAACAGAUAACAUCUUCCAUCAGAGGAAUUAUAUAUCGCCUUAGUAGCAAUCAUGAACGAACCAAUCAAGUAUUGUCAAUGUUCACAUAUAUUCACGAUUCUCCAAAUCUACAUCACAUCUCGCAUCGCAACACACCACCAUCCAAGACAAAUAUCUCAAAAAAAAUGAAACAUAAUAGUCAUCAUCUUCAUGUCAUCGUAACCGUAAACUCUUUUUUUUUUUUCCGUACCUUUUUCUUCUUCUUUUUUUUGGACUCCUCGCUUGUUCAACCCUUCUUUUUUGUUUGUGGAAAGGAAAAUAAUAGCCGCCAUGAAAUGGAUAAAGCAAGGUUGGCGCGAUGGUGGUUAUAUCCUCAAAGGGACUGCCGUGAAGCCUUUCAACCACGUGUAUAUGUGCGCCAUUGGCUGCCUGUGAAGGUCCAAGCCAAAACCAAGGGGGAAAUAUGAAAAACAAUGCGGGUAAAGUAAAUCACCACCUUAAA